AUGCAUACUUAAUUGCUACUUAUGAUUGACCCGAAAGGGCCGCGUGAGCGAUUUCCACCAAGAUCUCUGACCUUUAAACAUUUUCAAAUGCAUUUCCUAAUCAUUCAAAUAGCAUGUACUCCUCAAAAUGACUAAUAAGUUCAAACUUAAAAUUGUGCUAAAAAUUUCUCUUAUGUUUACUUAUUCCUUUUUAAUAGGAUUAUUAAUUUCUCAUAGAGAAAAUUUUUGUUCAGAAACUAAAAUCCUUGGAAAGCCUCCAAAUAUUUUAAAAAGUGGGCGUCAAACCCUGCUAUAAAGGAUGGUCAUGUGGAAGAACAUCCAUACUUCCAAAAAUCUGACUUCUAACAAGAAUUUUUCUUUCAGAUGAUUAAUCCCUUUUUUAGCUUCAAAUUUGAUAAGUAAUAAGCAAACACCUAGCAUGUUAUUCUUUCUCAUUCAGUUAGAUCGAUUCAAAUUCAUUAAAAUCCUACUCAAAUAUUCCAAAGAUUUCAAAUCCUUCCUAAAAUGCUAUUAGUAUUACAAAUCUUUCACUUUGUAACAUUAGUAUCAUAAGAUUUCAAACUCUAUAAUUAUGGUAAGUAAAAAGACCAAACUAACUAAAUGACUCUGGGGGAUAAAAUGUAGAUCAUGAUGAUAAUGCUAACUGACACCUCUUGA